GCCAAUUAGCGGCCCGACGCCCUUUCCGCGCCUCAUCCGGGUUCCCGGGACAGGGAAAUUGGCCUGGUAACCAGGCAACUACUGAUCAAUCCCCUCCCCGGCUGAUUUGCGCAUCAGGAGGAGGACUGAGCUUAUCUGACUCCAGAGCUUUCAGGAGGGAAGAAAGAUGUCAGAUGAAGAUGAUCUAGAAGACUCUGAGCCAGACCAGGAUGAUUCUGAGAAAGAAGAGGACGAGAAGGAGACAGAGGAGGGGGAGGACUACAGAAAAGAGGGGGAAGAGUUCCCUGAGGAAUGGCUGCCCACCCCCCUCACGGAGGACAUGAUGAAGGAAGGGCUUUCUCUGCUCUGUAAGACAGGCAAUGGGCUGGCUCAUGCUUAUGUCAAGCUGGAGGUUAAAGAGAGGGACCUGACAGACAUCUACUUGCUGCGCUCCUACAUCCAUCUGCGCUAUGUGGAUAUUUCUGAGAACCACCUGACAGACCUGUCUCCACUCAACUACCUCACCCACCUGCUCUGGCUCAAGGCUGAUGGCAAUCGGCUGCGAAGUGCCCAGCUGAAUGAACUGCCCUACCUGCAGAUUGCUAGUUUUGCUUAUAACCAGAUUACUGACACUGAAGGCAUCUCUCAUCCUCGUCUUGAAACCCUGAAUCUCAAAGGGAACAGCAUCCACACGGUGACAGGUCUGGACCCCGAGAAGUUGAUCAGCCUGCACACAGUGGAGCUUCGGGGGAACCAGCUGGAAAGCACCCUGGGAAUCAAUCUUCCUAAGCUGAAGAACCUCUACCUGAUGCAUCACCCUCCAAAAGCUUUCACGUGUUCAGCUACCCAGAAGCUCUCUGGACCCAGUCCUCUUGGCUUUUCAUGGAAGCUUCAUGAUGCCCAAAACAUGCUGAAGAAGGUGGAAGGCUUGGAGGAUCUGAGCAAUCUCACCACCUUGCAUCUUCGAGACAACCAGAUUGACACCCUGAGUGGCUUCUCCAGAGAAAUGAAAUCAUUGCAGUACCUCAACCUGAGGAGGUCAAAGACGCUGGCCUUCAGACCUGAUCAGACUCCCAGGGGCGGCCACUACAUGUAUGACAGAGGACAGAGGAUGACUCUUUUUGCCCCAAAGCUGGAAAUUCAUCACAACCUGAAGCCCAGGAUCUGCUCUGUGCCGGUCCUCUGGGCAGUGUGGGGUGCAGAAUGGGGUGCCUAGGCCUGAGCGCUGCCUGGAGCCUAGGCCGGGGGCCGCCCUCGGGCAGGCGUGGGUGGGAGCUAAGCCCGCGUGGGCCGCGGGGUGCUGGUGGGAGUGGUUGGAGAGACUUGAGAAGGCGGCUGGGGUGUUCGGAUUUCCAAUAAAGAAACAGAGUGAU